UGUCGACCGAGGGAUGCUGCAGUAUCAAGCGUGUCAGCACAAUCCAUUUCUUCAGCUCGGCCGGACUCGAUGCAACUGCAGAGCGGCCCGCUCUCCGAGAUCCACUCCAUCCAUGGGCAGCAGCUGGACACUGGUUGUGAUUUGACCGACCUGGCCGGUGGAGACUCGAGCCGGCACGAACGAAAUCCGGAGAGGCUCGCGGCGCGGGAAGGGGUUGUGAAGAACAGGCGGGAUCCCUUACUGCCACGGUUUGCGGGGCCGUCGAAAAAAGACCGACGCAAAAUGACACAAUUCCUGACGCUGGGUGGGAGCAACGAGCUAA